CCGAGACGAGACCAAACUCACUGAAGAAAAAGAACUUGUCAUUAAUAAUCUUCUCAAUCGCCAUUUAGUGCUUGAGAAGAAGAUCAUCACCCUUGUGAAGAAGGAGCUCCAGAGAUUGAGGAGGAUUCUUGAUCCAGAUUGCCAAGAAAACAAGAAGAGGAAGAUGGCACGUCGCUUCCUACGAUGCCUUAGAGGGGAGAUGGACGAUGAACAGAAGAUGGAUAGAGAGGAGAUACAUGAUGUACAGAAGAUUGAUAGAGGCGAUAUGGAUGACGAAGGGAGAGAAAAUGAAAUGGAUAAACUUCAGGCUGAGCUGAAAGAAAAUCUCAAGACCAAAUACCAGUGUGUAUUUGAAGGAAUCCCCAAACCAGGAGAAUCUGCUCUGCUAGAGAAGAUCUACACGGAGAUCUACAUCAUAGAGGGAGGAAGUGGGAAAGUAAAUGAGGAGCAUGAAGUCAGGCAGAUUGAGUCCAGAUCCAAGACACCAGCUGGACUGGAGAAACCAAUUAAAUGCAGUGACCUCUUUAAACCCUUACCUGGUCAAGAGAAACCAAGCAGAAGAGUGAUGACAAAAGGAGUAGCUGGCAUCGGCAAAACCGUCUCCAUUCAGAAGUACAUCCUGGACUGGGCUCAGGGAAAAGACAACAAAGAAAUCCACUUCAUUUUCCCAUUGCCUUUUAGGGAGCUUAACCUCAUUAGAUACAAACAGUACUCUCUGAUGGGCCUUCUUCACCUCUUCUUUCCAGAAAUGAAGCCAUUAACCUUCAGCAGCCAAUGGAAAUAUAAAGUGCUGUUCAUUUUUGAUGGUCUGGAUGAAUGUCGACUCCAACUGAACUUUGAGAAUGAAAUUUGGACAGAUGUGACAGGUGUCACUUCUCUGGAUGUACUACUGACAAAUCUCAUCAAGGGCAAUCUGCUUCCCUCUGCUCUAUGUUGGAUAACCUCUCGACCAGCAGCAGCCAGUCAGAUUCCUGCUAAUUGUGUUGACCUUGUCACAGAGAUACAGGGCUUCAAUGACUCACAGAAGGAGGAGUACUUCAGGAAGAAGAUCAGUGAUGAGAGUCUUGCAAGCAGAAUCAUUUCUCACAUUACAUCCUCAAGGAGCCUCCACAUCAUGUGCCAUAUUCCAGUCUUUUGCUGGAUCACUGCUUGUGUUCUUGUUAGCAUUCUCAGCUCUUCAGCAGGACAAGAGCUUCCAAAGACUUUGACAGAGAUGUAUACAUGUUUCCUGAUCUUUCAAGCCAGACAGAAGAACCAAAAGUAUGAAGGUGUGAAUGCCAUUCAGCCACAAUGGAACGAGGGUCUUAUCCUUGAUCUUGGAAAGCUUGCUUAUGAACAGUUGGAGAAGGGACAUUUGAUCUUCUAUAAAGACGACCUGAGAAAAUGUGGCAUUAAUGAUGUCAAAGAAGCAGCAGUACGUUCAGGUGUCGUCACUGAGAUCUUCAAAGUAUCUCGAAUCUCUCAAGCAACAGUGUUCUGCUUUGUCCAUCUGAGUGUCCAGGAGUAUCUUGCAGCUCUGUAUGUGUUUCUGAUGAUGGAAAUCUCAGAGACAGAUGUGCUGUCCGCACACCAAGUUCCUUAUGGUGAGGAAUCCAUGACCAUCUUACACAAGAAUGCUGUGGACAAAGCUCUGCAGUAUGAAGACGGCCGCUUUGACCUCUUCCUCCGUUUCCUUCUUGGUCUUUCUCUGGAGUCCAACCAGACUCUCUUAAUAGAUAGUCGCCUAUUUCAGAGAAAACAAAAGCAGAUGAGCAAUGAUGAAACAAUCAGGUACAUUAAGGAGAAGAUCAGAGAGGUCCCUUCAUCAGAGAGGGUGAUCAACCUCUUCCACUGCCUAAAUGAACUGAAUGACCACUCCUUAGUGGAGGAGAUCCAGGGCUUCCUGAGUGCAGGGGCACUUGCUGAAGCCCAGCUCUCCCCUGGCCAGUGGUCAGCUCUAGUGUUUGUGAUGCUGACAUCAGACCAGAAGCUGGAUGUGUUUGACUUGAAGAAGUAUGUCAGAUCUGACGAAGGUCUCCUGAGGCUGAAGCCAGUCGUAGAGGAAUCCCAAACCGUUCUGUAAGUAUGA